AGUCUAAGAAUCAAAGAAACGAAUAUCAUGUCGCUGAUACAUGCAUUAGUUGCCCGGGAAUCUACAAUUCUCGCUGAACACCAGGCAGGACAACGAGAUUUCUCGCACGCGACCCAGACUAUAUUAUCAAAGAUUCCUCAGGGAGACAGUAAAUUAACUUAUGUUUGGGAACAAUAUCUCUUCCACUAUAUCGCAGACGAUGGUUUCGUCUAUCUCGUAAUGGCCGACGAGUCGGCAGGACGGAGGGUACCAUUCGCAUUUUUGACUGACUUACAACGAAAGUUCACAGAUCUCCCGUCUUCUUCGUCUGCCGCUCUUUCUUCGACUCCUGCCCAUGGAUACCAAGGCACUUUCUCGCCCACCAUCGCUUCUCUCAUGCAUACCUACAACACUGCGCCUCCAGCCGACGAACUCGCUCGUGCACAAACCGAGCUCAAUCAAGUGAAAGAUAUCAUGGUCAAGAAUGUGGAACAAAUUCUCAGCAGAGGAGAACGUAUAGAACUGCUCGUUGACAAGACGGAUACAAUGGCUACCCAGGCUACCGCAUUUAGAAGGGGUGCGAGAACUGUCAGAAGGGAUAUGUGGUGGAAGAAUAGCAGAACCAUAGCACUGAGCGUUUUGGUCGCUCUGAUUGUGCUCUGGAUCAUCAUGGCCCAAUUUUGUGGGGUGACUUUGAGCCAGUGUGGGGCUCAAUCCUGACCUGAUGUCUGUGAGUUCGUUGUCGAAAUUGUCGAAGUUACCUUCUAUGGUAUUGUACAGCCCACUUGCUAUAUUCUCUACUACUUCUAUGAUGCUAUCUUAUUCCGUCUUUUCUCUAUGUUACGCUUGCUGUACACGUAUAUCGUAAACAAUCUCAUCCUUUUAUCCU